GGGCGGUGCCCGGGCCACAGGUUUGGAGGAGGUUGCGGCGCAGGUCUCAACAAGCUCCGGGGGAGCCAGAACCCCGGUGGCCUUUGGGACGAGGCGGGUAGGGGUCUCGGGCCUCUCCGCUCCUGUGCCGGUCCCCAGCCGGGCCUCGCGGCCGCCUCCUCGCAACCGCUCCCCCGUGCAGUCCCGCGCGGGCCCGCUGUAACUGCGCGCCGGGCCGGACGAUGCCCAAGAAGCUGCUGCUGCUGCCCCCGCUCUCCGUGUCCUCCGCUUUCCGCGCCCCGCGAGCCUGCCCUGCCUCCCGCCCGGCCAUGAACGCCGCCCGCACCGGCUACCGAGUCUUCUCGGCCAACUCCACGGCCGCCUGCACCGAGCUGGCCAAGCGCAUCACCGAGCGUCUUGGUGCUGAACUGGGAAAGUCUGUGGUUUAUCAAGAGACCAAUGGAGAAACAAGAGUUGAAAUAAAAGAAUCUGUUCGGGGCCAAGAUAUUUUCAUUAUACAGACGAUCCCCAGAGACGUGAACACGGCCGUGAUGGAGUUGCUGAUCAUGGCCUACGCGCUGAAGACGGCCUGUGCCAGGAACAUCAUCGGCGUCAUCCCCUACUUCCCCUACAGCAAGCAGAGCAAGAUGCGCAAGCGGGGCUCCAUCGUGUGCAAGCUGCUGGCCUCCAUGCUGGCGAAAGCCGGUUUAACUCACAUUAUCACUAUGGAUCUUCACCAAAAGGAAAUCCAAGGCUUUUUCAGCUUUCCCGUGGACAACCUUAGAGCCUCGCCUUUCCUGCUUCAGUAUAUCCAGGAAGAAAUUCCAAAUUACAGAAAUGCGGUCAUUGUAGCUAAGUCUCCUGAUGCUGCGAAAAGGGCCCAGUCGUACGCGGAGAGGCUGCGUCUGGGUUUGGCCGUGAUCCACGGGGAAGCGCAGUGCGCGGAGCUGGACAUGGACGACGGCCGCCACUCCCCGCCCAUGGUCAAGAACGCCACCGUCCACCCCGGGCUGGAGUUGCCGUUGAUGAUGGCCAAGGAGAAGCCCCCGAUCACCGUGGUCGGAGACGUCGGCGGGCGCAUCGCCAUCAUAGUGGACGACAUCAUCGACGACGUGGAGAGCUUCGUGGCCGCUGCGGAGAUCCUGAAAGAGAGAGGCGCGUACAAGAUCUACGUCAUGGCCACUCACGGCAUCCUGUCCGCCGAGGCCCCGCGCCUGAUCGAGGAGUCCUCCAUCGACGAGGUGGUGGUGACAAAUACUGUCCCGCACGAGGUGCAGAAGCUGCAGUGUCCCAAGAUCAAGACGGUGGACAUCAGUCUGAUUCUGUCCGAAGCCAUUCGGAGAAUCCACAACGGCGAGUCCAUGGCCUACCUCUUCCGAAACAUCACCGUGGACGACUAGCUCUCCCCGUGGCCUCGACCCUGGCGCUCAAGGAAGCCAUGUGCGCCGCAGGGCCGGCGGCUCUGUGCACGGUGUUCCCUUUCGGGGGAGGCGCGUGGUCUCUCUUGCGUUGCCAAGUCCGGUAGGUGGGAGGCGUUCAGCUCGCGGAGCGGGGGACAGCGAUGAUGCGUGAGUGGCCUUCACCGUCCCCGGGGUCAUCCUGUUCCUUAAACAAAAGUUAGACAUUUCCCUGUAGCGAAUCUGAACGUCUCGCUGCUGUGGAAGCGGGCGCGAACGGCCGACACCGUGACUCCCUCAGGCUCCCUUAGUUGCUUCCACCACCGGGAACCCGCGUGUUGCUGCUGAACUAGGCUGGGGACGCCGAGCCCCCGGCACUGGUUCUGUCCCACCUGCCCUCUCGCUGGUCACCUCCACGCCCGUCUUUUGUAGAGACUCCUAUUUUUCUUUGAGAACCCGCUCGCCAGCGGCCAUGGAACAACGAAGCAUUUACGGCGCUUCCCCUGGCGAGGACGUCAGGAUAGAGACCCGCACCCCGUGUCCGGGCGUCUGCAUCGCUCUUACGUUGCAAAUAAAAGAAAUUUGCUGUCUUGUGA